CUCAGGUCCUCAGCGCAGUGCUCGCAGGGGUAGAACUUGGAGAAGAGGUUGAUGAAGUCCCUCAUCUCCCUCUGCUGGGUCCCGGAGGGCCGGUCGGGGUAGUAGGCAGCCAUGGUGUGCAGGAAGGCCCAGGUGCUGCGGCCCAGCUGCUCACUGUCCAGGGGACAGUCUGGCGGGGGCUCCUUCUCCUCUGCGACAGCCAGCUCCUGAAGGGGGAGAGAGGGUUGUGAGAGGACACCGGGGUUUGGUGGGGAAACAGCCCCUUUGCGCUGGGUGGGAAGGGGAAUACACCAGCAGGAAGCUGACUUGUAUUUACACGUAAGGAGUUGAGCCUAAAGUCCAACCAGUGACAAGCCAGCACCAGGAAUUAGUCGCGCAGUUGUCUGAGAAAUUACAACCAACUAGGAAACAGCAGCAGAAAAAAAUGACGUAUAUUUCCAGGACACAUCCCUCCAGGGCACAACACUCCAGGACAUUCCUCCAGCUCCCAUCCCUCCAGGAUAUCCCUGCAGGACGCAUCCCUCCAGCUCAUCCCUCCAGCUGCCAUCCCUCCAGGACACAUCCCUCCAGGACACAUCCCUCCAUCUGCCAGUGAGGGAGGAGCAGGCGUGGGGAAGAUGAGCUGCAGCAGGUACCCCGUGGAUGUGAAGGCUGUUGGCUUCAUGCAAUGCAGAAAGCAGAAGAACUACAUGAUGUUUGUGACUUGGUCAGACCAGAACAACAUUCUCAUCUACCGGACAUUUGAAGACUUUAAGAAAUUCCAUAAAGAGCUGAAGAAAAAAUUCCCCAUGGAGAGUGGCUCCCUCAGGAGUUUACCCAGGUUUAAAGGUGUGAUUAUGCAGCACAGGAAGGGUGGGAAGCUGAACAGGUGCCUGGAGAUCCUGAAACUGCUGGAAACCUACUCCCAGGAGCUGCUGAAAAUGGAUGCAAGAAUCUCCCAGGGGGGAGACGUGAAUCAGUUUUUCAAGGCACAGACCCAGGACCUCGAUCCCUCCUUCCCUGAAAACAGUGUUGUGAUCAUGCCAUCAGAAUUUAGAAGGGAAAAGAAGCACCAGCCCAUCUCCAUCACCCUUCCCCAGGCGUCCCAGAGCUACCGCUGCAUCGAGAGCUUUGAAACCAAGGACACCAAGAACAGGGCAUUCACAGUGGCUCAGAAGGAAAUUGUUGAAGUGUUAAUCAAGGACAUGACUGGGUGGUGGCUGGUGGAAAAUGCAGACAAGCAGAUUGCCUGGUUCCCAGCCUCGUACUUGGAAGAGCUUGAUGUCCAUGAGGACAUCCAGAACACCUUUAGCUCAAAUGAGGAGGGCAGCCUGUACUUCGUGGUGCAGCCCUACGAGGCGCGGAAGGCGGAUGAGCUCUCUCUGCACAGCGGGGUGGUCGUGGAGGUGCUCAGGAGCUCUGACAACGGCUGGUGGCUCAUCCGGUACAAUGGGAGCACGGGCUACAUGCCCUCCAUGUGCCUCCGGCCCUACAAGAAUCCUCACCACAAGCUGCAGACCAUCAUCAACUCCGGGCUCAACAUCUCCACCCCGAACCUCUGCUCUUCCCUGUCGGCCCCUCAGCCCCGGGGGCAGGCCAUGGCACAGCCCAGGGCACAGCCUGGCUCUUCCUUCAACCUGAAUGAAGAAGAUGGGAGCUCUCAGAGGAGCAGAUCCAGGCCUCUGCCCAGGGCCAGCUCCACCUCAGACCUGGAGUCAGAGAGCUCGUCCCUGAGCUCGGGCAGCAGCAGCGAGCAGGGCGCCCGGCUGAGCUGGAAGCCCGACCUGUCCCGCUCUCUGCCCGAAGUGGAGCAGAACAGGAGCUCCCCUGCCCUGGCCACGCACGGCACCAAGUCCCCACGCCUCACCCCCAGGGACAGGAACGACUCUGGCUUCGUGGAGUCGUCUGCAGCCGACCUGAGCUCGCCCCUGCCCGACCCUGACCUGGCCACGAGUGUCCCCAAGGUGCCAGCACGGCCCUCGGCCCACGAGAUCCUGCAGAGGUGCAGCACCGUCACCAAACGGGCCCUGCAGGGACACAGCCCCCGGCCAGGCCUGCAGCCACUGCUGCCCAGCCUGCACUAGAGC